UGUGAAGUGUGAAUGUUCCUCUAUGCUCGCAGUGGUUGGCUAAAGGGUGCGAGGGUCUUUUUUUUCCAAACGAACAGGUGACAUCUCUGUGGGAGGAAGAUCUGACGAUCAUUUUCCCCCUUGUGAGUGUUUAUAAAAGUGCAAACUGUGGUGAGCUGAUAUAAUACGACAAACAGACUCACAAGAGAGAAGAUGAGAUCUGCAUUGAUAACACUGCUGUGCCUGGCUGUAAUGCUGCUUGUGCAAGUGUCCUGUCAAAUAAGCAACUUAUAUUGCCCUUGUCUCAAGACUAGGUCUGAUGUUGUCCUCCGGAAGGCAAAUAUCAAAAGUUAUACGACACAGAGAGCAGGCAUUUGCCAUGUUGAUGCCAUUGUAUUUAAAACAGUCAAAGGAAUAACCUUUUGCGCCGACCCAAAACAGACUUGGGUGAAAGAUGCCAUGAAAUCUCUGGACAAGAAGAAGGCAGCACCAAGACCUAAAGCAACAGCACAGCCCAUAAACUCAACAUUUGAUGCGACAUCAAUGCCAAACACAACAUCAUACUUGAACACAACAAAUACAAAUACAACAUCACACUUAAACACAACAAAUACAAAUAAAACAUCACACUUAAACUCAACAAAUACAAAUACAACAACAGGACAAACCAAGCGCCUCUUUACAACUAUUCAACCAUGUUAAUGUGUCUGUGGUGUUUGCGCUUGAUUUUAUUAUGUUUGCACAUAUAUAAUUGAACAUUACACUAUAAAAUAUGCUGUAUUAUCAGUUCAAUUUAACUUGAAUAGUGCUUUUUUGGGACUUGUGGAGCUGCGCAUUGGUAGAAUUGUUGUUCAGUGUUUCGGCUUUCAGCUGUGACAUUUACAUUACACUGAACUAAACUGAACAGUGAAAACUGGACUGAAGCUGUUUCAGUUUACUAGAACUUAAUCUAUGUUCAGCUGCUUUGACACAGUCUACAUUGUAAAAGGUGUUAUAGAAACAAGGAUGAAUUGAAUUUUCAUAAUGAUUAUUGUUCCAAAGCAGCUUCAGAAUCGGUGAAUUUACAUUAGAAAUCAAUAGCAGAAAUAAAAUAAGGUGAAGGGUGGA